AGUUUAUAAUAUGCUUCAGUUGUUGAUUGAUAUCGUAACAGUUAGGACCAUUGUAAAAUAUAUUAUUAAAUUUGGCGAUAUCAUAAUGAAAGUGUGAUAUAUCUGAAAAGAACAAAUUUUAGUUACAGGAAAAUAUUACAGAAGCGAUAUAUACAAAAACGACAUAUAAAGAGGCAACAUAUAAAAAGGAAUUUAUACAAAUAUUUAUAUAUAUAAAAAAAAAAAAAAAGAAGAAAUAAAAUGGCAUUAAGUUUAGCAUUACCAUUAUCCGGAAUAGAAGCCGAACAUUUUUACGCACUAGGAAUGAGAAUACUAUAUGAACAAGGUUUAAGAACAUUAAAUGGGAUUGGACCUAUAUCACCCAGUAUUGGAAGUGAAUCCUCCAGUGGCAUUAGUAGUCUCACUCCUUCUCUGGAACCUGAUUUUAUAGCGAAUAAUCCCAAUUCUACAGCGCCUUCAUCACUUGCUAAUUCCGCAGAAGAUUCGGGACAAGGCGAUAGAUUAAAUGACAUAGAAGUAAUAAAUGUUCCAUGUAAAGUAAUCUAUUGCGGGCGAGACAUAUUAAACUUAGGUGCAAAUAUGCGAGAACCAUCCUGGCGACUAUUGAUCCCAUAUACUUGCAACCAUAAUAAUGUCACGGACAAUAACUCGAAUUAUCAUCUUCUAAGCGAAAAAGCACUGACUGAAGAAUAUCCAAUGAAAAAAUGCUCAGACUGCGGCUUCUCUGAAUUAUCACUUUCUUCCUGUUUUUAAUACUAUUCCGAUCUAUCACACAAUCGCCAAAGAAAAUAAGUUAAAUAUUAUCAAUAGUAUGACACAACGACAUCAAAGAACAAUUGCUUUAAAACAAAAAAAAAAAAAAAACAACCAUUAAAAAAAAAGGAUUUGUUAUUUUGUCAUUUUGUUAUACGACAGACAUAGUAAACUUUUACUUUCUGAUAUAUUGUUUUAUGUUAUAAAAUAAACUUGAAACGGAAUGUUAUUGGUUUAUAUACUCGUCAAUCGUAUACAAAAAGAGAAAAUAAUUAUAGCAAAUUCUAAGGCGGCGACCAACUCCAAAAUAAAGUUAAGUUAACUAUUAAAUUUAGCUAAUAGUUAAGUCAAACCAAUGAAAUGACACAUAAAUGGAUUUAAAAAAAAAAAAAAACAAAAAGGAAAUAAUCUUAAAUCCAUAAUAUACGAAUAUAUAUUAUAUAAUUGAUUUCAAAGUUGUAAAAUUUUUUACAAUUUGUAAAAGUUUUACUAAUUAAUCUCAAAUCCAUAUAAUACGAUUAGAGAAAUAUCUAUCCCAAAAAUAAAUCUAAAAUAUUGAAGUAAAUUAUUUAUAAUAUAUUCGUACAUAUAUUUGAAAUUAGAUUUUCCAUAUCGUUCUCAUACGAAUAAUAAUAUUUCAAAUGAAAUAAAAUUAAAUAUUUCUUAUGAAAUAAAAUUAUACACAUAUAUAUAUAUGUAUAUGUAUAUAUAUAUACAAACGCUUUAUAAAUACCUAUCAAUCUAUAAAUUUAUACGGAGUCGGGUAUGGGCCGCGAAAAAUUAAUCAUAAGAUAGUAAUUAUUCGUAUAUAAUUAACACCCGACAAUAAAAAAAAAAACAAUUA